UAGUAAGUUAAAUAAUAUUUUUAGCAUUGUAUUUGGUAUUCAAUUCUUUGGAUCAAUUUUAAAUAUUUGUACUCUUGUAUUCAGUUUAUCUACUAAAAAUGUAAUUAAUGAUAGAGUUGUUAUUCAAAGUAUGGCGUUGUCAACUUUUUUAUUUCAAAUAUUUCUUUAUUGUCAUUUUGGAAAUGAAGUCAUGCUAAAAAGUUUGAAAAUAGCAAAUGUUAUGAGUAUGAUGGAUUGGACUGUAUUAACAAGAAAUACAAAACAUGGACUUCUUCUAAUCUGUUUACGCGCAAGCCAUCCAAUAGCUAUAACGAGUGGCUCUAUUAUUCCUAUGACUUACGAUACUUUUCUCAAGAUUUUGAGGACAUCUUAUACAGCUUACAAUUUACUUCAAAAUGCAAAUGCAUAAUAUUUGGAUAUAAGAAAAACUUUUCGGAUUAAACUCUCACCAAUCGAUAUAUAUAUGAAACUUGGCACUAAUAUAUUUAUUUUCUAUAUAAAAUCCAAAAAGAAAUUUUUUAAGUGAAAACAAUUGUUGAUUCACAAAGUACCUA